AUGGGGCGGCUCCCGGUCCCGACCGACGCGUUCACCACGGCGCUGUCCAUACUCACCUGCAUCGUGCUGAAGGACGACUCCAUGAAAAAGGAGUACAAGCUCACCGACCAGCAGUGUGCAGAGUUUAAUCCGAAGGAUGUCCGGCAGGAACGCCUGAAGAUGUUCGGGCUGUACCAGAAAGAUUCCUCCGCCGGCGGCGCGGAGGAGGUCGCUGGGCCCUCCCGCGUGCGCUUCCCCGCGGAGGAGUGGGGCCGUCUGGCGGAGCCGCUGGCCGCGAAUUACGCGAACCCCACCGAGCUCAUCGCGUACGUGCGAGGCCUGGCGGAGAGCGAUCCCUGGGAUGCGAGCCGGGGCAGGUACGCCGAGAAGGUG